AAAACCUGCAUCCACCUGCUUUCGAAACCAUGCUGUUCGAAGUGCUCCUGUCUAUUGUGGGGGCCUUGUUACUGUUCCUGUACCUCAAACAUCUCUGGGCGACCAGAUACAUCCAGAAGAUCACUCCGUGCCUGCCAAAAUUGCUGUACCCAAUUGUGGGGCACAUUCCCAUGCUUUGCGGGCUGGACUCCGAGGGCAUUUUUAGCGCGAUGGCAAAUGCAUUCCGCCACGUGGAUCAUCUGGGUCGAAUGAUGAUCGGACCACUUCCGGUGAUUCUGAUCAACCACCCGGAAACGUUGGAGGCCGUGCUGACCAGCGAACGAAUGUUGAACAAACCGUAUUUCUACGACUUUAUGGAGGUGUCUGAUGGAAUUUUCGGAAUGAGGGAUGGUGAAAGGUGGUCUAAGAUUCGGAGGCUACUGAAUCGCACUUUUAACCCAGUCACACUAAAAAGUUUUCUGCCUAUUAUGGACUCUAAUGCAAAAGCCUUGAUAGAAGAGCUACGCAACCUGGUUUCCGAGGAAGAUAAUCCCAACUUUGGGUUCGAUAUACAUACCUACAUUUCCAAGUGUAACCUCGAUACAAUCUACAACACUACGAUGGGCUGCAACGACAAUGAUGAAGUGGGCAAAAAUGAGUACUUACAUCGGCUGGAAGUGCUCUUAAAAAUAAUGAGCGAGCGAAUGGCUAAUGUGCAACAAUACUUUGACAUAUUUUUUCAAAUGACUGAUACCUACCGGGAAAAGCGUGCCAACAAAUUGUUUGUUAACAAGUAUUCUGCAAAAACAGUUCAUGCACGACAACAGCAGCUCAAACAGGCUCAAAUGCAGCAGGCUCCCGACGAGGAUGAGUUCGGAACCAAGUCAAUGAUCUUCCUGGACCAACUGUUAACCAUCCGGGAGGGAGAUAGGGCAGUCAACUUCACCGAUCAGGAGAUUAUAGAUCAGUGUUUAACGAUGUUGGUUGCGGGUUCGGAUACGACAGGCGGCGCCAUGUCUACGACUUGUCUCUUCCUGGCCAUGCAUCCAGAAGUUCAGGACAAAGUGGUAGCCGAAAUGAGUGCAGUUUUCUCGUCGGACUCCGUCCAGAUCACUCAGGACACGCUGCUGCAGCUGCGUUACACCGAACAGGUCAUCAAGGAGACCCUUCGCUUGGUGCCGGUUGGUGUGCUCAUGGCACGGGAGACAAAGUUCGAAGAAACGCUACAUGGAGUUCGUAUCCCACCGAAGCAGAUCAUCAUGUACAAUCUGUAUACGUAUCAUCGCCGGAAGGAUAUCUGGGGUGCAGACGCGGACCAGUUUGAUCCGGACCGGUUUGAGCCGGAGCGGGCUGAUAAACGGCACCGAUUUGCGUAUAUUCCGUUUGUUGCCGGUCAGCGUACCUGUAUCGGACAACGAUACGCCAUGCUUUCGAUGAAGAUUCUGCUGUUGCGAGUGCUGCAAGAGUAUCGGCUGGGGACUGACCUUAAGUAUUCGGAGUUGCGGUUCAAGUUUGAAGUUACUAUGAGACUGGUUGGGCCACAUCGAGUUUGGUUGACUAAGAGAAAUAAAUAA